AUGUCCACCAAACCAGCCGUCGCCAUCGUCCCAGGCGCCUUCUACGAGCGGUGGCACUACCGUCUUCUCCACGACGGUCUUGAGAAAGCCGGUUACAAGGUCACCACCAUUGCUCUGCCUUCGACGGGCAACGAGAAGCCGACUAAAGACUUGUAUCCGGACCUUGAUACCGCCUCCUCAGCCAUCAAGUCCUACAUCGAUCAAGACCUCAACGUUGUCGUCGUGAUGCAUUCCUACGGCGGGCUCGUAGGCAGUUGCGCCUCCAAGGGCUUACUUCCUGCAGACCAACCCAACGGCAAGGGAGUUGUGGGCCUUGUGUACCUUUGCGCUGGCGUUCCGAUGGAAGGGUACAGCUUCAUACAGGGAGUUGGUGGCCAGCACUUUCCAUGGAUGACCCUCAUUAACGCCGAGGACCCGUCCGCCGAAGCCAUUCCAAACACCGGCAUCUGGAUCUGGCCGACCGGCAACGGCACCGACCCAGGUCAGCUCUUCUUCCAAGACUGCGAUGCAGCGACAAGGGAGGAAGCAGUUAAGCGGCUGGGUUACUGGAGCGAAGGGUGCAUGUGGACGCCGGCGACCUUCACGGCGUGGCAGGAGAUUGAGAGCAACUAUCUGAUCACGCUGGAGGAUGUUGGGCUGCCAGCGGAGCAGCAGGAGAUGAUGACACAGAUCCCAGGUGGGAAGUGGAAGCGGGUUGAGAAGAUUGCAACGGGGCACUCGCCGUUCUUGAGCAAGCCGGAUGAGACGGUGGCGUUUGUGAGGCAGUGUUGCGGGGAGGAGGUGUAG